AUGACCGAGGGUCCAGUCGCUCCGGAGGUUGUAGAACAGAGCGAGGAUUGGCACGAGGAGAAGACUUUUGCCAAAGACCGUAAUCCAGAGUCAGCAGACGCGGCACACUCGAUUGUUCGCAAGCCGGACGCCGGCAGGUCAUGGGCGAGACGUCGUGACGAGCGUAUUGAGGCCUCGAAUGACGUGGCAGCGGCUGCUCUAGCCUCUCCAGCCGAAGGUUCAGACUGGCUGGAUCCGAGUCCCGGCGAGCCUCGACUGAGCGUGGCCCCCGGAGGUCUCAGCUCCCCUCGAACCUCGGCCCUAGAGUUGUCCAUGUACAUUCUGCUCGGCCUGUUCGCGCUGGUGGCGCUGGUUUUCGCCGUCAACUGCGGCGCCGUCCUGGCGCCAGCCCAGACCAAUAAAACUCCGGGACUGAGUCCGAGUCCGAUUGCGGGCCCAGCGUCCAGCGGACGAGUCGGGUCGCUACAGACGCCGGUUCGGCGGUCUGACGCACCGACGCUAACUCCGGCCGACCCCUCCAUUGGUUCUGUUGCUGAGUUUAAGCCUACAGUCGAGGCUGGCGUUGAGACGAACGCAACAACCAGUGCUUGUCUGGUGGCGGCAGCAUCCAUCACCGCAGAGGGCAUACGAGAGGGCGGGGCAACCGAACAGCAGGAAGAGGCUACCCUCAAAAGGGGCGGCGGCGCCGGAUGUGGAAUCGCCUUAAUGGCCUUCCGUCACGCCAAGCAGAAGGUGAGUCUUAAUGUGCACAUUUGCAAAAUCAUCAGCUUUCUACGCUAUCAUGUACCGUUUGAGCAAGUGCGACUCCGUUUGUAA